CUCUAUCGUUGAUUACGAUUUCAUUUCAUUGCACGAUGCUGCAUGUCACAAGUCACAUGAUACUCACAGAUGCUCUUGUUGACGUCUGACGUUCGUCGAUGCUAAAUUUGCAGCUUUUUGCAGCAUGACCGGCUGGGAGGAUGAACGUAAUCAGGCGACAGGCAUCCAAAAGCGAAGUAAAUUAUGGAGCAAGAGACGCUGUCAACUAUAUGGUACGAAUAAGUUUGGCUUCACAACAUGCAAGUUGCAACCUGUCACCCCAUAUGGAGGGAGUACCAUUGCACGCGGCACUCCAUGCAACCACUGUCGUUGUCAGACAUCGCUGGGCGCGCUCUGACACACAGUGCUGUGAUGGUAGUCUCAUGGGUUGUGACAUCUUCCUGCCGCCGCGGGGCUACAUCUCCCCCGGCACCAUUCCCAACGAUAACGCGCGACUUCGCGAGAUGGUAGCCAAGCUCGAUGUGCCCGGCAUUCUCAGCUUGAUUGACGUAGUGCUCAAUCAGGUCAAUCGAGAGAGACAAGUCAUCAGGGGAUCUCUUCGCCGAACACAUCGCCGAGCGAGCCCAAGAAGGUUCAGGAACGCCAUGCGCACUUCAACGGCUAAAACACUGCAAGAUGGACCAGGCGUCCAGGCCUGGACAGUAAGGAUUCGAAGUGCUUGCGCCAUCGACAGCGUCCGGCAAGCGUUCUGCACCGAGACGCUCGGUGUAGCUUUCGCUUGCCUGGUCAAUAGCUUGCCCAUCCUCCGCCCGAUCGUUUUGUGCAAGGUGGAAAGCCUGCUGAUCAGAAGCGGGCUCUUCAUCGCAAUGAAGAAUGCGGGGCGCGUUUCUGUCUCUCGCCAUCCUCAUCGACGGCGCCGGCUGCCUUCUGGACGAAUGGGCGACCAAAGAGCUCAAAGGCGUCGGCAAAGGUUGGACAUCGUAGAUGGGUGCGCUAGAAUACUGGUUCGAACGCUGGACAUCCAGCGACGAGAUGUGGCACUUAGUCAGCGACGAGUACACGCAGCUGGUCGACUUUAUGCGUCCAGCAUGAGGGGCGCACUCGAAGAAAUCAAAGAUUUGUACGGAACAGACGGCCCGGCAAUGGAUUGCACCCAAUGUUGCGGAGCCCGGGGCGAACAGGGCCGGACCAUACGAGCUGGAAGCGAGGACAUUGCUUGAUCAAUACGGAUGGAACAUGACGGAAGAGCAAGCGUAGAGCAUGCCAUUGAAAAGCUGAAGAUGGGCGAUACCU